AUGGCUACUGCCCAGGGACAGGACAUUAUCUGCUGCCAAUUGUGUUCAAACCCUGUAGAACAUCACUGCAAUCUUUGCCAUGUUGACCUCUGCCUCUCAUGUGUACCAAAGCAUAUUGCCGACAAAUCAAGAGAGCAUGAAGUUGUUGGAUACACUUUUAAAAAGGAAUACACAGUUUUUCUUCCAACCUGCCUAACACAUGAGAAAAAGCGAUGUGAAAUGUUUUGCCAAGACUGUGAAAUACAAAUUUGUAUUCAUUGUCUAAUGGAAAGGAAACAGGAAAUCGUGGCAGACACAGAAGAAUUGGAAAAUAUAAUUGUUCCUUUAUAUCGAAAUGCCAACCUAACCACAAGCCCUGAAGAGUUUGACAAAGUUCUGUCUGCCAUAGAUGAACAAGAGGAUAAAUUCUGCAAAGCUGUACAUGAAGCUAACAUUAAUCUCAAAGACAAAGUAACAAAACAGAAGAAAGAAGCGACCAAGAGGUGCAAGUCUUUCUCUGAAAAGGCUGAAAAGGAACUUAGUCGAAUAAUACAGAAUAACAAAAAUAUUCUUGAAAGUAAUGAUGCCAUAGCAGUUAUAAACUAUAAAUCAAGAAAUGGUGAUUUCCGAGGAGGCCCCAAAAUGCCAAUUUUUCCAUGUCCACUUUUUCUUGCUGGUAUUUUAGAGCAAGACAGAAUUGUUGACAUGUUUGGUUUUCUUCAGACGGAAGAUGACGUGAAAGAAGCAGGAAUGCUGAAAAUGAUGAAUGACCCAGUGGUACUUAGCACAAUACAAAGCUUUUAUGGACUUUGGCAUAAACUGUGGAGAGUGCAAUGUGUUGGGAGAGAUGAGAUCUUGAUUAGUGGAGAUAACAAAACAAUCAAUCAAAUAGACAAGACAGGGUCCAUUCUCAAUACAAUUCAUACAAAUGAUGACGUGAUAGCAUUAACCAUUAAUUCACAACUACAACCAGUGUUUUCCUUAAGCAAUUUAUAUAAAAAACAAACAGACAUAUAUAUUUACAACGGGAACAAAGUGAAUGUUUUAUUUAGCACAUUUCCCUGGUUUUCCGUUGGUUUAUAUUACACAAGGAAUGGAUAUCUACUGGUGAGCAUGCGCUCUAAGGACGAGAGAAAGAGUAGAGUGGUGAAAUACUCAGAGACAACAGAGAUUCAGAAGAUUGAGUAUGGCAAUCAGGGAAAACCUUUGUUUUCUACUGGUAGUAGAGCCGUCCUACUCCUGACAGAGAAUGGUAAUGGUGACAUCUGUGUUGCUGACAAUGCUGGGAAAGAAGUUGUUGUGGUGGAUUCUUCUGGGGGAUUACGAUUCACGUAUGAAGGCAUCCUCUCUGACCAUUCAAAUGUCACAGAAUUUCAACCAAUCCAUAUCGCUACUGAUAUCAAUGCACAAAUACUAGUAAAUGACAAUUCAAACAACAUUAUCCAUAUUAUAGACUGUGAUGGUAACUUUGUACGAUAUUUAGAGCUUUCUUGUAAUGGUGGGCUAAGUAUUGAUGUCGAUUACAAUCUUGUUAUUGGUGAUACUGAAACGGAUGAGUGA